AUGGAAAAUGAUAUCUUAAUAGAAAAAGAAAAAAAUGAGGAAUCUGAAUCACCUCAAUCAGAAUUGCAGAUUCUGGGAAAUCUAAAUAGCCAGGCCUCUACUAGCGAAUCAGGAAAUCAGCCUGAUAAAGUUCCAGAGGUACAUGAUUUGGAUGCUGAGGCAUUAGCAGUUCUGGGUGAAAUAAAAAUAGAACAGGAAAAAGGUCCACCUCUUCACCCUGAAAUUGCAAACAAAUGGACACCCAUUCUGAGCAAAGGCCUGAAAAAGGAAGAUAAGAGAGAGCUUAUGCAAAAAUAUAUACCAUUCGAAAAUUUACCAAGAUUAAUAGAACCAACUUUGAAUCCUGAAUUAUUGACUGCUAUUGGAUCUGGUUUCGAGUCCAUAUUAAAGAACGGCGACAAAAUAGAAAUAGUCCAUAAUAUAAAUGAUGCAUCCAAACUAUUAUGUGAUUAUUUUCAAUCAGAGACCAAUAGUAGAAAAAUUUUAAUUACUAAUGCAGUAAAUCACAACCUUAAAGAGACUCUAAAGAGUGACUCAGAUAUGUUCUUAUUCGGAACAAACUUAGCCGAAAGAAUAAAGAAUGCAAGAAUUAUACAGAGAUCUGGAAAAGAUCUUAAAGAAAAACAAGAGCGACUUAAGGGGCAAACAAAGACUUUAAACUGGCUGGGCUCUCCUCAGUUGAGCACCAGGCUGGGGGGUGGGGAGAGCGUAACCAAACCCAAAAACAAGCAGCAACAACAACAGAAACCACUGCCUCCUCGACGCUAUUAG